UGUUCGUUUAAUCGUCCGUAAAAAAUUGAGUACGUCCCUCCGUUGGCCAAUUACAGAGCAAUGUCAGAAAAUAUGGCUUCAGAGAACAACGACGACAAUAGGGAGCUCGUGGAACGCUUGGUAGAGGUGACUGCUUGCACCGAGGUGGAGGCAAAAUACUAUUUGGUUGCCUGCGACAACGAUGUCGAAGCUGCAGUGGCUCUAUAUUGGGGAAACGAAACCUCCUCGUCUUCUAGUGAGGGCAGUGUUUUAACACCAGUGGACUUAAAUGGCGGCACAGGACUAUCAGCUCCCCAAGUUUCAAACGUGUUUUUGUCCGAUCAACCGUCUACAAGCGCAAGCAAUGUUGAGGAUCCGUUGAUACUUGCAGACCAGCCCAUUGAGGCGCUUAGUCGCAUCAACUACACAUCGGAGACCACCUCCCUGCUUAGACGGUUAUUUCGUCCACCAACCGACAUACCAUACUUUGAUUCUUUGACUGAGGCUCGGACGAGUGCCAACAUGCAUCGCCGCUGGGUGCUGGUCAGCGUGCAAGCCGACAACAUUCAGUCGCGGCUUGUGAGUCGGGAACUAUGGUCAAGCAAGGAACUAAAAAAACUGGUACGUCGCCAAUUCACACUCUGGGAGGUGGAAAAGGAUAGCUACGAAGGGCGACGCUUCAUCAACUUCUACCACUGCAAGAAAAUGCCGUACCUAUGUGUUAUAGAUCCGCGCACCGGCGAAGAAAUGUGGAGCAGUCAGCCCAACAGGGAGAGCGUGCUGCCCGAUCUAAAGCAGUUUCUGUCUUUGCAUGGAAACUUUACAACCACAUUGAAGCGCGCUGCAGGACCAAUGGAAGAAGACGAAGAAAAAGAGGAUGCUGAAGCCACAUCCUCCGUAGGCCGCACAUGUAGCAUGCCCACGAAGCGCUCAAAGAUCGCGGAUUCGAACGAGAAUCAUCAGUUAAGGCUGAGCGUCAUGAACUCCUAUAACGAGAAUGAUGGCGAUGAUGGCACCAGCCACAACAUAGAGUUGAGUGACACCGAUAGCGACACUAUCGAUGAAUCGGAAGAGGUGGAUGAGAAGCCAAAGUCAAAGCCAAUUACCUAUGAAACUCAAUUGGGAGAACUCAGGGAUGAGCUGACAACAUUGAAGCUGCGCCUCUUCAAUGCCGUAGGCUGCGAUGAGGUGGUCCUUCUCCGUUGGCCAUCGGACACGAAACUCCAGACUUUGCGUCUGUACAUAAGCGAGAUCUACAGCCACAUACCCUUAGAAAACUAUCAACUUAUAUGCGCUUUUCCACGCAUUUCCCUCGAGGCUGAGCACAACAAUGCAACCCUUAAGGAGAUCGGACUGCACCCCUCCGCUAAUGUGCACCUGACCAUUGAGAAGUGAGUCCGGGCAUGGCAAUAUAACGCAAUAAUAUAUAAAUAAUAUUUAUGCAAAAUACAGUAUAUAAUAUAUAUUUUACAGUUUAACCCGACUUCCUGCCAGUUACUCUAUUCAUGUUUAUUUCUAACUUAAAUUGAAGUGUUGCAAUUGAAUAAAAAAUCAUCAAAAAUGGUGUUGAAA